AAUCACCAUGGCGUUGAAAGAGACUGCGGGGCUGUACGAGACACUCAAAGCAGAGUGGAACAAGAAAAACCCAAACCUCAGUAAAUGUGGAGAACUUCUGACCAAACUUAAGGUUUCAUUACUGGAGCUGAACUUUUUACCUACCAGUGGGUCCGCGCUCACAAAGCAGCAACUCAUUUUAGCUCGUGAUGUACUUGAAAUCGGAGCCUUGUGGAGUAUCCUCAAGAAAGACAUCCCAUCCUUUGAGAGAUACAUGGCCCAGCUAAAAUGUUACUACUUUGAUUACAAGGAUGAACUGACUGAAGCUGCCUACAUGCACCAGUUACUUGGAUUGAACCUGCUCUUCCUGCUCUCACAGAACCGUGUGUCUGAGUUUCACACAGAACUUGAGAGACUGAGUGCACGAGAUAUUCAGACCAACGUAUACAUCAGACACCCAGUGUCCUUGGAGCAGUACUUGAUGGAGGGAAGCUACAACAAGGUAUUUCUUGCUAAAGGCAACAUCCCUGCUGAGAGCUACACCUUUUUUAUAGAUAUUCUGCUUGACACAAUUCGUGAUGAGAUCGCAGGUUGCAUAGAGAAAGCAUAUGAGCAGAUCCAGUUCAGCGAAGCCACCCGUGUGCUUUUCUUCAGUUCCCCAAAGAAGAUGACAGACUAUGCCAAAAAGAGGGGAUGGAGUUUGAGCCCAGAUGGCUAUUACUCUUUCAUGAGUCAGCAGCAGCGGACAGAAGAGGUGACCAUCCCCUCUACGGAGCUGGCACAACAGGUCAUCGAAUAUGCACGACAGCUGGAAAUGAUUGUGUAAUCCGCCCCCAGGAACACACUCAACCAUGUACAGACACACUCAGACACACACGCCAGUAUACAUCCAGUCAGCUCAAAUGCAAUUUCCCUGAGGAAUAUGACUUAAUUGAUUGUCAGAGUGGUUGAUUUGUUGCCCAUACCUCAAUAAUCCACCAACAUUUAUUUUUCCUGUAUUCUUAAACCUGUCUGGCAGUUUGCUUUCAUUUUAAAAGAUGGGGAACAAAACUAAAAGUAUGACUAGUGACUAGUCUAUUCAGCAAUUGCUACACAUCUACCUUUUAAUGACAUUCAAGGGUUUAAAUGUUAGUUAAUAAUUUUAUCCAAGAUGCCAUCUGUCCAACAUUAAAGUUGAGGUUUUCAUUCCUAGCUGGUGACUGAAAAACAAGAACUUCAAGUCCAGCUAUUACAUUUAAUACCCUUGGGUCUCAGCUCUUUUACAACUACAAGAAAGUAAUUACGAUCACCACCCUGUGACUUUGACUUUCAUUGUCACACAAAACUAAACACAACUCAACUUUUCCCCCCUCAAAUUCAAGAAAACUCUUUUUGUAUACAAAGUCCAUUUUCUCCUUAGUAGAGCUCACAGAAAUGUAUUGCCCAUGCCUUGUAUCCUAGCAACUGACAGAAUUGCCAUUGAAGUUUGUGAGUGUUUCCUAAAUGGUAAUGCCUCUUCCUCCCUAGAUGGUUUGUAAUCCAGUUGAUCUUACAAUGCAAAUCUUUGUCUGCAAUAAAUGAUUCAGAAAAUAAACUUUUUGAAUGAC